AUGGAGUCCAAACUUGGCGAGUUAUCCGCAGAAGUGUGUGCACUAAAAACAAAAUGCAAUGACCUGGAGGGCAGGCAGAGAAGACACAAUCUUCGCAUACUAGGCAUACCUGAGGGAGAUGAAGGGUCCCGUCCUACUGAAUUCAUUGCUCAACUACUUCAGGACAUGCUGGAGUUGGAGGAGAAGCCCUUGCUGGACGGGGCGCAUCGUUCUCUCCGUCCAAAGCCGAAGAGAGGGAAGCCACUGCGAGCAUUUGUCAUCAGAGUCCAUUACUACCAUGUCCACGACCAGAUUCAUCGACGAGCAGCUGAGGCUUCUCCAUUAUCACACAAAGGUAGCAGGCUGUCCAUUUUUCCUGACUUCACGGCGGAGGUUGCAAAGAAGCGUGCAGCAUUCGUGUCGGCUCAACAAUUUUUCAACGUUCUUCAGAGUCCAAGCCUGUCCCACCCCAUCCUUCCACCCCAUGCGUCAUGGGGUGACAUAAUGGAUGCUCUGGACGAUGGGCUCGAGGGUGUAGAGCCCUUCAUGUUACAUGCUCCCUGGAGCGCAGAUAACAUCAGCCAGGAAGAGGAGCAGAAGCUAAUGGAGCAUAAGUUGCAAGAACAUACACAAACACAGGCAUGCAAUAUAAUAACUCUUCUAUUUCCUUUUCUUUCUCAGAGUGAAGAUGUGCAGGCUGGCAGUAUAAAUGCUCCUCUGGCUCCACCUGUAACAUCACCAGCAGUGUCAGAGCCUGAGCCCGGAUCUGCCACCCAUGUCCAGCCUCAGCCGUCUGUGGAAAAGCAAGACCGUUUCAAAGCGCCACCAUCCACACUGCCAGAUCCUCUUUCAUGGGGUGACAUCAUGGACGCACUGGAUAAUGGGCUAGAGGACAUAGAGCCAUUCACUUUACAUCAUCCCUGGAGGAUGAAUGUCAUCGACAAAGUAGAGGAGCAGAAGCUAGAGGAGCAGCAGGGAGAGGAGCAGAAGGAAGAGGAGCAGAACGCAGAGGAGCAGCAGGUGCAGGCUAAAAUCCAGAAGCAGCCUGUUCAGAAGAAGAAGGUCCCUGAGAAAUGCAUCAGCAAAAACAAGAAGACAUUCACACUCCUACUGAGGAAUUUGGAUGGCAGCGUGGAAGACGAGCGCCUACAGGAGGAAUUCAGGCGAUUUGGGACGGUCAUCAACGCAAAGGUCAUGAUGAAGAAUGGCCGUUCAAGUGGCAAGGGCUUCAUCACCUUUACAUCUCGUGAUGAAGCCAGAAAAGCCAUCGUCUCCAUGAACGGCAGGUUGUUGGGCAGCAAGCCUGUGUACGUGAGUCCGGCUCAGAGUAGCCGCACUAGACAGCUGACCAUCCAGCCACAGGAUGCCGCUCCAGAGAGACAGGAAGAGCCUCGGCGAGAAAAGAAGAUGCCGGAGAAGACGAUCAGCAGAGUACAAGCAAAGACUGGCGAAAUCUUCGUGAAAAAUUUGGACUACAGCGUGGAUGACGAGUUCCUGCACGACUAUUUCCAACCCUUUGGAAGCGUCAUCAGAGCAAAGGUGAUCAUGGAGAAUGGGCGAUCGAGAGGCAGAGGAUUUGUACAGUAUACCACUCCUGACGAAGCCAGAAACGCCGUAGAAAUGCUGAACGGGAAGAUCCUGGGCGGGAGGCCAUUGCAUGUGGCGAUAAACAACGAGCAGCACAAGACUUCCUUUGCCUGGACGCAGAGGGUGCAGCAACAUCGUCGUCCCUGUGUCGCGCCAGCAACCAAAUAAAUUAAUAAACCUUGUCAAAAAUGUAACAAAA